CCUUCUCACACCACCUUCCUAUCCCUUCCCAUUCCUCUGUCUUGUUUUCAUAUCCCCUAUCGCCGUGUGGAAUUAACAGUGUUCUUAUACUAUAAUAUAUAUCUACACACAUACGUACAUAAGUAUAAUAACCUUACUUCUGAUACUACUAUAGCUCUUAUCGGCCCGGAGGUACCUUACUAUUCCAGCUCUUAUCGGGGAUCUGUCAUGACCAUUCGUCCAAUGAAGUUCACACCGGAGGUCCUACUGGGAGCUCCUCGGCGCUCGGCUGCCGUGCCCAAUGCGUCAGGGACUUUGGCCGUAUAUACCCAGACAUCCUAUUCCUUCGAGUCGCAUUCAAAGACCAACGAAAUCCGAGUAUUGGACAUCGCUUCCGGCCAAUCUGCUCUUGUUACAAAUGAUCCAAGCGCCAGCUCUCCGCAGUGGUUGGACAACGAUGACCGUUUAAUAUGGCUCAAAACAAAGGCAAACGGUAAUACCAGCUUCAUAAUUGGUCACGCCCGCGAGGUAGACAAGACAUACACCGCUGGAACGGUUCCUGGCCCAGUGUCAAACCUCAAAGUCACCGCCAUCGAACCGGGAAAAAUUGGUUUUGCGGUGACGGGCAAGGCAAACCCGGACGGGAGCCUUUACAACCCUCAUGAUGCCAAAAAGCCUUUCACUACUGGAAAGUUGUAUAGCUCUCUGUAUGUGAGGCACUGGGACUCAUACAUUGAGCCCCAGACCAAUGCCAUCUGGUAUGGCCUGCUUCAGCAGGCUCCAAUGAGCCCGGCCACCAGACAUGCAGGGAAAUACUCAACGUCCUCGCUGACCAACCUGAUAUCUGUGUGCGGUCUGACCGGCGUUGAAUCGCCGAUUCCGCCUUUUGGGGGCUCUGGGGAUUUUGACAUCAGCCCCUCAGCAAUUGUGUUCGUCGCCAAGGAUCCGAAUGAGAACCCUGCUACGCACACCUCCUGCUCGUGUUAUUAUUGUCCAAUGUUUUCCUGGACUAGCGUGACGACGCUAGAAUCUAAGCAAAUCCAUGCCCUGAAGGGUCUUGAAGGGGCCAUGUCUUCCCCUGUUCUCUCGUCUGACGGCAGCUCGAUUGCCCUCCUUGCGAUGCGGGAGGAUGGUUAUGAGUCAGACAAGAACAGAAUACUCUAUGUACCCAACCCCUGGAGUGGGGAGAUGAUAGAGGCUUUUACAUCGGCAGAUGGAGAGGGCUUGUGGCACCUAAGUCCGUCAGCCCUGACAUUUGCAAAUGACGACCAAUCCCUCUUCGUCCAAGUUGAGGAGAAUGGCCAUGGAGUUUUAUACCAGCUACCUCUCGCUAACUUCCGUCAUUCUAACCCCUCCGUGCUGAAGAAGCUGACACAUUCGGGCUAUGUGACUGAUGUGUUCCCUGCAUCGGCUAAGUCGUUUAAGCUGCUUAUUGCAAGUAACAGUUUGGUAGAAAAUAGCCGGUGGACGAUUAUCGACCCCCAGUCUCCAGAAAAUCCCAAGGUCAUAUCUUCACUAGCCCGUGGUGGCGCCGCUUUCGGGCUGUCUCCGUCGCAGAUCGAUGAAAUUUGGUUUAAGGGAGCCGAGGACCACCCCGUUCACGCCUGGGUCGUGAAACCGUCCGACUUUAAACCUGGUAACAAGUAUCCUCUGGCGUACCUGAUUCAUGGGGGCCCUCAAGGAGCAUGGAAUAACCAGUGGAGUACACGGUGGAAUCCUGCUGUGUUUGCUGAGCAAGGGUACGUGGUCAUCACACCCAACCCCACAGGUAGCACUGGUUACGGGCAGUCAUUCACAGACGGGAUUCGUGGUUGCUGGGGAGGGCGUCCCUACAUCGAUUUGGUAAAGGGAUUUGAUUAUAUCGAGAACAACCUGGAUUAUGUCGACACUACCAGGGCUGUGGCGCUAGGAGCAUCGUAUGGUGGUUAUAUGGUGAACUGGAUUCAGGGUCAUGAACUCGGCCGUCGAUUCAAGGCCCUGGUGACUCACGAUGGAAUCUUUAGUAUGCGUUCUUUGCUAAGCACUGAAGAGCUCUACUUUCCCGUUCGGGAUCUUCAAGGCCCGUACUGGAAAGUGCCGGAGAACUGGGAUCGGUGGGACCCAUCCCGCUUUACAGGAAACUGGCAAACUCCCCACUUGAUCAUCCAUAACGAAUUAGACUAUCGUCUGACGAUUGCCGAGGGACUAGCGGCGUUCAAUGUUUUGCAGAUGAGGGGAGUGGAGAGUCAAUUCUUGACGUUCCCCGAUGAGAAUCAUUGGGUACUGAACCCAGAAAAUUCUCUGAUGUGGCACCGUACCAUCUUUAACUUCAUCAACAAGCAUGUUGGAUUGGCCUCCGCCCCCGAUUUGGAAAAGGGUGUGGCUAGCAUGUCGGUAUAAUGACUUGAUUAUUAUCACCCGCCGCUCGAGCUUUGUGUUUUGCGGUGGCGUGUCCGCAGUCUAAGGACGGGAUGUGUAAUGACUUGGUUGACUUAUGUAGUUCAAUGCAUCUUUUGACCGCAAUUGGAA